UUCCGCCUGAGCAGCUGGGGGCGCGGUCGCGGUUCCGGACGCCGCGCCGCGCAGCCCGACCGGUAGGAGUCGCCCUCGACGAGCGGGCUCAGAGGACGCGACGGUCGCUGCCUUUUCGCCUCCCGCCGCCACAGACCACUCCACCCGCUGACAUGGUUGAGGCGGAUCGCCCGGGAAAGCUUUUCAUUGGGGGGCUCAACCUCGAAACCGACGAGAAGGGCCUCGAGGCCGAGUUUGGCAAGUAUGGCCGCAUCGUCGAGGUGCUCCUGAUGAAAGACCGCGAAACCGGCAAGUCGAGGGGCUUCGCGUUCGUCACCUUCGAAAGCCCCGCAGACGCCAAGGCCGCCGCCAGAGACAUGAAUGGCAAGUCCCUGGAUGGUAAGGCCAUCAAGGUGGCCCAGGCCACCAAACCGGCGUUUGAAAGCAGCCGGCGGGGCCCGCCGCUGCAGCCCCGCAGCCGCGGCCGCCUGAGAGGCCUGCGCGGAUCCCGCGGGGGUCCGCGGCGACCCCCUUCCCGGGGCGGGCCGGCCGACGACGGCGGCUACGCGGGCGAUUUCGACCUGCGGCCCCCCAGGGCCCCGAUGCCCAUGAAGCGCGGGCCGCGGCCGCUGCCGCGCAGGGCCGGCCGCCCCAAGCGGCCGUGCCGUCGGGCCGCCGCGCAGCGCCGGGUGGAAUGCGCGGCGGCCCCGGCCGCGCGGGGCCGAGAGGGCUAUGCCGGGCCGCCGCGCCGGGAGCCGCCGCCCCCGCGCCGCGACCACUACCUGGGCCCGCGGGAGGAGGGCUACUCGCCCAGGGACAGCUACUCGAGCCGCGACUACCCGAGCUCCCGCGACCCUCGGGAUUUUGCGCCGUCGCCCAGAGAGUACACCUACCGCGAUUACGGCCACUCCAGUGCCCGCGACGACUCUCCAUCGAGAGGCUACGGCGACCGAGACGGUUACGGGGGCCGCGACCGCGACUACGCGGAUCAUCCGAGUGGAGGCUCCUACCGAGACCCCUUCGAGAGCUACGGGGACCCGCGCAGCGCCGCGCCCGUGCGGGGGCCACCGCCAUCUUACGGCCGCUACGAGGAGUACCGGGGCUGCUCGCCCGACGCCUACAGCUGUGGCCGCGACGGUUACGGCAGCGGCCGGAGCGACCGCUACUCCAGGGGCCGAGAGCGGGUGGGUAGACCGGAUCGCGGGCUUCCCCCGUCCAUGGAAAGGGGGUGCCCUCCCCCGCGCGAUUCCUACAGCCGGUCCGGCCGCAGGGUGCCCAGGGGCGGAGGCCGCCUAGGAGGCCGCUCGGAGAGAGGGGGAGGCCGGAGCAGAUACUAAGCAGGAAGAAACUUGGGACCAAAAAUCCCUUUUCAAGAAAAGUAACAAAAAGAAGAACCUGUUGUAUGGUAACUACCCAAAGACUAGUACAAAGAAGAGUUGUUUUUACCUUUUAAGAAUUUCCUGUUAACUUCCUCUCUAUUUUUAUGCUUUUGGGAGGAAAAAAGUUAAAAUUCGUUUAAUUUCGUUUUGGAAUUGUUAACGUUUCUUUCAACAAGCUCAUGUUAAAAGCAUACGACUUGAAUCUGCGUACUAGUCUUCUUAUAUUUUCAAGUAGAAAUUCUCCUAAAUGCUUCUUCCCUUCUAAAUUUUUCUGAUAAAUGAGGCAAACGGUUCUGAGAUGUUUCAUAAACAUCUGCUCACCUAAAAUGGAAAAAUGGAUCAUUCUGCCCAUUCAAACCAACUAGAUUUUGGGGGGAGAGUGGGAGGGAAUUAGUAUAUGCUACUUUUAAGAUUUCAGGGUGUCUUUCAAACUGAAUUUCAUUGUUCCCAGUAUUAAAAACCAAAAAGCCAGCAACAGCAACAAAAACCUUUUAGAUCAGAUGCUUAUGUAAAAAAUGUUGUAUUCACUAGGUAAAUCUAAAAAAGCAAAUGGAUAAUGCUGGCCAUAUUUUGCCUUUUUGCCCUUUCUUUGGGAAUAUGCAGGAUCUCCUAUCCACUUGUUCCCCAAAAAUAUCAUUCAUAUUUUGAACAAUGGAAUACUAAAAGAUUUUACCACGACGCUGCAAAAAAACAAAAAAACCCAAGUCUAUUAAUUAAUAGCAUUCAUUUUCACCACCUACAAAUUAUUAAGAAAUAAGUAGAAAAUACACCAGUGGUGCAUUUGGAGAUGAUAUGGCUUCCAUUUCUAACUCCAAGCUACUUGCCCUUGGCUCUAGAGCCAACCACCGACUCCUGGAUUGAGUUAGGCUUCUUCCCCUAGGAGUGGAGGAAUCAAAUAUGAGUAGUUUCAGACAGAGCUCAGGAGCAAAGGUCAGAGUACCUGAAAGAGCUUGGCAUUUCAAUCUCUGAAGAUCUCAAACUGGUAUGAAGGGGCUGGGUCUUACUGUCUGCAAAAGGCAAGGGGUUGGAUGGGUUGAGUGUUCCCUACUCUAAAGGUAGGGAGAAGGGCUGCAGAAAACUGUCAGUCUUUCUCUAAGAAGCUUCAGGAGGGACUUAACAGUUUCCUCUUUUUAUCCUAAGCUUAGGGGAAGAAACACCUUUUCCAUUCAGCAACUGUGGAAUUCCCUAAUUUAUCUCAGAGAAAGGUAAUUGUCCAGUCAAGGGACUCUAGCAACCAGAGAAAGAAGGAUCAGGUUAAACUAUUAGGACCCAUGUUCAAUGUAAUAAUUGCUGGAGAAAACAAACGAACACCUGAACAACAACAAAAAAUACUUAAAGAGAUCUGAAUGUAACACACGCACAUACACAACUCUUAAAAACAUGAUUUUUCAACAAAAUAAUAAACUAGAUGAAUUAAAGGAGAGGACACACACUAGUGUGUCAGAAGAUCAAAUCCAAAAAAUAGCUCAAAAGAAAUGAUGCAGGAAUUAAUCUAGCAAAACUGUAAAAUUUUUAUGGAAAAAUUGUUAGUCUUUAUUAAAGGACAUAAAAGAAGAACUAAAUGGAGAUUCUUAUGCUCGUGGUUGGGAAGUCUUUUUAUCCUAACUAUUCUCAGUCUUACCAGAUAAAUUUGGAAAUUAAUUAAUUUGAAAACCAGGUUUAAUUGGAAAAUCAGCUUUAAAUGAAGCAAAACAUGAUUUUUUUCACACAGCUCCCCUCCCCUCUUUCCUUAUAACACCAUUUAUUUGUGUUGAUCAACGAUGGAAUACUAAGUGAAAGAUUUGGUAAACCACAAAACUGAAAAAAAAAAUAGCUUCAUUUCACCACCAACAAAUUAUUAAGGAACAGGUGUUAAAAAGAGAUACUAACGAGAGAUAUAGCUAAUCCUAAAGUUUAUGUGGUUGAAUAAAGAACAAGAAGAGCAAAAUCAAUUCUGAAAAAUAAUAGUUAGGAAGGACACACCCUACAGAUACCAAGACUUAACUACAAAGCUUUAGCACUUUAAGCUAUAUGUCAUCAACAGACAAGGAUAGACAGACCAGUAGACCAAAAUUGUGAGCCUAGGAACAGGCCCACUUCUGUAUGAAAACAUGUUAUAUGACAGAGGUAGCUUUAAAAGUCAUUGGUGACAGAAUGAACUUAAGAAAAAAAAAAAAA